CUCGUCACGCGUGCGCAAAAAUGGUGGCGUGACCACGCCCAGGCCUGUGUUGGGACCCUGCGUCCGCACUGUAGCAGGCGUCUUUACGGAAAAGGUCCGAGUGCGACUGGGACAGUCACCUUCAGCUUUUGCACGCAACCAGAUGAUUUACCUUCAGACUGUGAGCUUUCAAAGCACUCCACUUGAUCUUUAUCUGUAUUGGUCCAGGCUCUUCAGUCAAGGUUAAAGUGUGAGGAAGUAAAAGGAGGAAAUGUGAAAUAUGUUGAGUUUACCUGAUUCGUGGUGUUUCUGGAUGCGUCUGGCACAUGAAAAACUGUGCAUCCAGAAAUCUUAUACGGCAGCUUUGACUAAAGAUGACUUCCUUGUUUGCUCAAGAAAUUCGCCUCUCUAAAAGACAUGAAGAAAUAGUAUCACAAAGAUUAAUGGUACUUCAACAAAUGGAGAAUAAAUUUAUAGAUGAAAACAAGGAAAAGGCAUCUCAGAUGCAAGCAGCUGAGACUGCUUUUAGAAGGAACCUUAGUCUUUUAAUGGAUAUAGAAGCAGCAGAAAAGUCUCUACAGACCAGGAUUCACCCAAUUCCAUCACCAGAGGUGGUUUCUCUUGAGACUCUUUACUGGGCAUCAGUAGAAGAAUAUAUUCCCAAAUGGGAACAGUUUCUUUUAGGAAGAGCACCAUAUCCUAUCGGUGUUGAAAAUGAAAAUGAAGCAGAAAAUACCGUUCAGAAUGAAGCACAGUGAUAAACUUCUUCACGUACUCUUUUCAAAAAAAACCUGUUUAGUACAGCUGAACGUUAAAGAAUAUGCAGGGUCAUUUCGGGCACCUUAGGAAUCAAAUAUGUUCGUAUUGUCCAUUACCUCCUCGAUGAUGUGAAGAUAGGAGAAUCUGCUGACAAGUCUGAGGUUCUAUCACUUUGAGACCUACCAUUACUUCAGAGGCAUGAAUUUGCUUUCUGCCAAACCCAUGUAAGUGUUACGGGCUAAUAUUGAAAGGUGGACUGUUCAUUAAGUAAGUCACUAAAUAAGUGUUAUGUGUGUCUUUUUUUUUAAUCAUUUAUGGUCAUUCUCAUCUGAACAGUGAAUACUGGUGGUCCUGAUUUUACAUUUUCUAGAAUUGUUUUGGUUAUUUUAUUAUGGGGAUCAGGGUCAGCACAGGAUCCAAGUGGUUGUUGGCCAUUACAGUUUCUUUAAACAAAUGGAAAAAACAGAGGCACUUAACUACUUCAGUAUAGUAUUUCUUAGACAGUGGAUUCAUAGGAUUUUGUCCCUCAUAGAUAAUCAAACCUCUGAAGGUUCUGGAGGAAACAACUAAACUACAAAGCAUUUGAGAAGUGGCCAGUUUCGGGGGGGCUCAGACUUGGUUCUGAAAAAGGCCACCUAUUAGAGCUGAGAAUGGUUAUUGGAUUUUGACUUGGUUAUUUAAGGACUACCAACCCUGUGAAUGCAAGUAACUCCUCUCAUCUUUUCAUCUUUAAACUUGCCCUUCCCUCUCCUUUCUGUUUUCAUUACUUCUGAAACAACUGUCAGAAAGCUUUGCGGUUCCUCGGCCCUCCACUGCUGGAGCACUCAAAAAAAUUUUUUUAAAUUUUUCUGAUUAUAGAGGCAGCUCCUGCUACUAAGGGAGUCCAUGCUCAUUGCAAUUCAACAGUUUAAAAUUUUCAAACUGGUGUGUGUUUUUACAUGAAGACAGUAGGACCAGCUUUAAAAAAAAAAACAAAAAAACUAUUGAAACGUCCAUUGUGCUGUUAAGUUCCUUUAAACUACCAUCUUGGAAAUACCCUGUUGAGUGGGUGUUGGUGUGGGUAACAAUAACGUUGUUUUCAUAAUACGCGCUGGCAGAUUAGCACACUUCUCUACAGUGUUAACAGUUGUAAUUAAGGAAUAAACAGCACAGAGUGUCAGUCCGAUGACAAUUUCAUCUAUAGUGUCACAAUACAAAAUGUCACAAAAUAUUAGAACUGUUAUAUAACUAUAAAAAGUAUCGGCUUAAAAGCUGAAAGCCUUUAAAAAAAAAAAAAAAAA